AUGUUUGGACUUGGGGCGAGCCACCACUUCCCUGGUUCUGAAUCCUGGUGGCGUGAUCCUCCUGCCUUGGGCACCAGAGAUUCCCCCUGGGAUGCAGCUGAAAUUUCUGCUUGGCAGAAACACAUGGAAGAAGAUUCAGCUUUGACUCCUCUAGCAGGAGCAAACAAAGAGGCCCUGCAAGCAGAAGACCCGGAACUGGAGGCCAUCAAAGCCAAAGUCCGUGAGAUGGAAAAGGAUGAUGAAUGGCUUCAGGAGCUGCAGAACGAAGCGAAGUCCCUCCUCGUGAGGUCAGACACAGGUCUUCUGUUAUCUAGAAUAAAUGAGAAAAAAGUGGAGGCUGACCAGCGCUCGAUCUACGUGGGAAACGUGGAUUAUGGAGGAACUGCAGAAGAACUGGAGUCCUAUUUCAAUGGCUGUGGACAGAUCAACCGAGUGACUAUCCUUUGUGACAAGUUCUCAGGCCAUCCAAAAGGGUAUGCCUACAUAGAGUUUGCUGACCAGAGCUCUCUCAAGGCAGCCAUGGAACUGGAUGAAGGGACAUUCAGAGGCCGCAUCAUCAAGGUGCUGCCCAAAAGAACCAACUUUCCAGGGAUCAGCUCCACAGACCGUGGUGGUUCCCGGGGUCGCUUCCGAGGCCGGGGAGCCCUACCUCGUCAUGCCAGCUUCUGUGGAGGGCAGCGUUCGAGGCCACGUGGCAGAGUAUUCAGGGGCCGUGAAAGGAUACCUGCUUGGUACACACCUUACUAG